AUCCAUCACAAAAGGGACAUUAUCCUGAGAUGACUGGCAAGGUCACCAGGAUAUCAUGCUCUAUCGUCUUAUCAUAUGUUCAGAGCGUGAGGCACAGUCUCAAGACCUUGGUCACUGAGCAAAGGGCAGGGAGAGCGAUGAAGUAGGAGUAGGCAUAUAGGCAUCUUGCUAUUGAUAUGCCUCUAGGCUGGGAGAAGCUAUACUAUGUGCUGAAAAGCAAAUGGUCUUUAUCAAUGCGCGGCUAAUAUUCGGCAGUGUCACGGUGGGAAGCAUAUGACGAUCGACAACAUAUUUUCUUGUCCGCAUCAUUGACCUUCAUGGAACCGCCCUUCGUUCGCACAUAGACCUGUACAUAAGGUUGUUUCUUCAUUGUGCUCGUUUCGCCGGGAGGCUUUCAAUGUCUUCCAAUACUAAUUUGGAUAUCUGGUUGGCUGGGGCAUUUGCUGCUUUCACGGUCGAUCUACUUGUUUAUCCUCUAGACACGCUCAAGACACGUCUGCAAUCACAAAAUUAUGAAAAACUGUACAAGAAUACCAACGGCUCGGCGAACCGUUCUUUAUUUCGUGGAUUAUAUCAGGGAGUGGGCUCUAUCAUCCUAAUCACAAUUCCUUCCUCCGGCGCAUUUUUCACAACAUACGAAGCCUUGAAACAUGGCCUCGACGGGCUUGUUCCUCCGAACUCGAGUAUCUACCUUCCCCAGCCUGCCAUACACGCGGUCGCAAGCGGUGGUGCGGAACUUGUUAGCUGCGCAAUCUUGACACCGGCAGAAGUCCUGAAGCAAAAUGCUCAGAUGCUGAGUUCUGGGAAGCGAGGGUCAACCUCUCUUGAAGUGUUCAAGACUUUCCGAAAGCAACCAGCAAGACUCUGGAGAGGCUACACGGCGUUGGCGGCACGGAAUUUGCCUUUUACUGGAUUACAAUUUCCUGCGUUCGAGUCACUGAAGACCUAUUUCAUGGCAAGGCGAAAGGCUCGGAAAGGCGCGCCAGUGGAUGGUAUACUGGAGCGUGCUAGUAUCACGGCCAUGAGUGCCGGUAUUGCUGGUAGUGGUGCAGCUUGGGUCACUACGCCCAUAGACGUGGUGAAGACGAGGAUAAUGCUUGCUGCAUCUGUGGAUGAUCCUCCUCCUAAACAGGAGGUGAAGGGCAAGCCUUCCAGUUUUCUCAUGCACGGCAUUCAAGGCUCGAGGAAAAGUGGUCUUGCGGUUGCCAAAGAGAUCCUGAAUACGGAAGGCGUCCGAGGGUUGUUCAGAGGAGCUCUACUUCGAGGCUGCUGGACGGCCCUUGGCAGCGGCCUCUACCUUGGAUGCUACGAAGGUGGCCGGUUUUAUCUAGAAAGUACGAGGAAGGAUGUGAAAGAGGGAGAUCAUCUCAUGGGACGAGACUGGUCGAACGUGAAGGUUGGUGUUGGAAGCAGCAGAUCCCAGGAGGUUGUCAAAAAGAGUGCCUGGCAAGAGGACUGAAACUCGGUGUAAGAAAGAGCACCCUAUUUGUCAAGUGGACCAGUUCUGCCAGGCCCGUCCGCCUAUUGACGGUCUCAGUGAAUCCGUCGGCUUCCCUGCCUCUGGAACAGGAAGGUUCUGACCCAAGAAAAGCUUCAUUAGCUUCGAGAGCAAGUUGAUCUCUGAUCAUUUCGGAAGCUGACAAGCCAACGGAGGGCAAUCUCUGAUACAGCACCUCGGAGUUUUCAAUGGACGGUCGACGCGGCCAUAUAGUUUCGGAGCUGCGAUGGCCGCCUUCCAACACUACACUGCGUCGGAAUGACAGCCGACAAACACAAUACAAGAUCCAGAACACGCGCUACUACCGAGAGAACCGAGUUUCUACGGCAGAGCUGCUAGCGAGGGCACCACGACGUCCGCAUUCCGAAACCGGUAUCGGUCUUGUAGCCAAUACCACCACGCGGGUAUGUCAGUCAAGCAGGAGAGUCCGUAAGAAGGUUGAUGGGACGGAUUCAAGAAUUCAAAGGACCGUACUGGAAACUACCAGUAUAGUCCUUGUGUAUGCACCUGGAAGCGGUAUGUGUGGGAUCGUUUCCUUAUUUCUCGACGAAAUGUCGCAGGGUCGUCCAGCCAUGUCACGAGAGUCUAGCCUAGGUCAUCUCAACAUCGUGAUCUUCGUGACCUUCGUGUCCGUUCACCUCAACCUCGACCUCUCUGUUCUCAUCGCCGUCUCCCUCCUCUUCGUCUUCCCAUACAUCGUCAUCGUCCAUCUGAUCA